AUGAUCACCGGCCCAAGCACAACCAUCACUAGCGUUGUUGUCUCAUCUUCGUCUAUUCCAUUCCCUAUCACUCUCAAUACAGACAGCCCUCAAGCUACUUCGAGCGUCAGUUCCUUGCAGAACGAGAUCUCGGCGACACUUAUUCCUCUUCUUUUCAAUUUGAUCGACACACCGGACAAGGACAAGAAGCAAGAUGUUAUUGACGAGCUUGAUAAAGUGGAGCUAGAAGCCAAGAACCUGCUUAACAAGAUUGAUCCAAAAUCGGAAGGGUCAUCUGGUUCAUGCAGUGGCGGUGGGAAUAUCAUCUCUGACAUGGUUAGUACCAUUACUUGCAUUGAUUGUGGUCUCAGAAAAGUCAAGUCCGAAAUUGAAAAUGGCGUCGAUGACGACUUUUCCAACUUGGACGAUAUCAAAGAUACAGUUUCCGAUAUACAUGACCUGACGGAUGAGUCUGAUGAUCGUAAUUCUUCCUCCGGAAUCCUCGUCAGAAUCAUCGUCAUCGUCAUGUUCGUCUUCGACAACUACUGA